UCCUAUUUAUUACUCAUCCUCCUUUUCUAUUAUAUUCUGCCAUCUCCAUCUCCAUCUCCAUCUCCAUCUCACACUCACGACUCUCUUCUUCACAUACACAUCUCAUACAAUUCUCCUUAUCCAAUCAUCAGAAUCCAUUUCUGUAACAAGGAUCUUUUGGAAAGGAAAAGAUAUUGGGUGAAAUGGUGUUUGGAUGGCGAAGAGCUUUCUGUACAUCAGUUCCUCCAGAUGCAGAUUCCGCCAUUGAACCUGCUCGAGAUGACCAUGAGGAUGAUACCUAUGCCAAGGGAAAUGGUACUCCUAAAUUUGGAAACAGAUUCGGUUUCUUUACCUCUUCUACGCCUCGGCUUCAAUCGCAGCAGCGGGAUCCAAGUCCGAGUCUGCGUUGUCGAACCACCAGAGCCACCCUACCGGCGGAAUCAGCUUCCGUUCCCGUAAGUCCAAAGCUUCAAUGCAAAACUAGCAACAGCCCUAGGUUGUUCAACUGGUCAUCCAAUCCGUCGUCGCCUCGAUCUCCUUCAACUUUCUCUCUCCUCAAAUCCAACCUACGCCUCUCCACAACUAGAUGUGGAUUAUGCUUGCAGAGCGUCAAGAGAGGGCGAGGGAUAGCAAUUUUCACGGCGGAGUGUUCUCACGGUUUUCACUUUCCGUGCAUAGCCGGCCAUGUAAAGAAGAAAGGGAGUCUAUCUUGCCCUAUUUGCGGUACCUUGUGGAAACAGAUGCCACUGUUGUCUGUAAACGAUCAGAAGCAUCAAUUUGCUGAAGAAGAAGAAGAAGAAGAAAGCACGAGGGAAAAGCUAGCCACGACACUAAUCGGUGAUGUUGUUGAGAAGAAGAAGAGUAAAUUGAGGAAACAGCAUUCAUUUCGGCCAGAUUUGAAAGUUUAUGAUGACGAUGAACCAUUAGCUUCCUUGACGCCGAAAGCUCGGUUUAAUCCGAUACCGGAAUCUGAUGAAAAUUGCGACGAAGACUCUAUAGGAGAGUUUCAAGGGUUCCAUGUUGAUGGAUGCAGUAACAGUCCCGUUGACAUUCAUGCGAGAGAUGUGGACGUACGGUUGUUGCCGGAGGCAGCGGUGGUCUCAUCUGGCCGGAGUCACGAGACAUACGCGAUUGUUCUGAGAGCAAAAGCUCCGGUGAUACCCGAGAAAACACAAGGCAGAGCUCCCAUUGAUUUGGUUACGGUCGUUGACGUCAGUGGAAAAAUGUCAAGUGAGAAGCUGCAAAUGAUGAAACGAGCAAUGAGAUUAAUCAUUUCAUCUCUUUCAUCCUCCGAUCGUCUAUCAAUCGUUGCCUUCUCUUCAUAUUCCAAGAGAUUAUUACCUUUGAAGAGGAUGACGACCAGCGGCCAGCGAGCGGCGCGUCGUAUAGUGGAGGCAAUGGUGGUUCUCGAAGGUUCAUCAAACUCAAGCGACGCCGUGAAGAAGGCGGCAAAGGUGCUAGAAGAUCGCCGGCAGAAGAACACCGUCGCCUCCAUCGUCCUCCUCUCCAACGUCGCCGACCAGCCGUCAUGCUUUUCAUCCACACGCUACUCUCAGUCUCACCUGGAUGUCGCCGUUCAUACACUGAAGCUCGCCGUGAUUGACGACCACACCUUCGCGAAAUCCAUCGGAAGUUUACUGAACGUGGUGGUUCAGGAUCUGCAGUUGCAGUUAGGGUUUGCCUCCGGCUCAGCUCCGGCGGAAAUCACAGCGGUAUAUGCGUAUUCACCCCGACCCGUAGCUCUCGGGUCGGGUACAGUCCGGAUCGGAGAAUUGAUUGCAAACGAAGAGCGAGAAUUGUUGAUUGAAUUGAAAGUUCCGUCGUCGGCGGUUGGGACCCAGAAAGUACUAUCCGUGCGCUGCAGUUACAGGGAAUCAGUAAGCCAGGAGGUUAUUUAUUGUAAAGAGCAUGCACUGGUUGUACCACGCCCCCACACCGUAAGAUCAUCGGCCCUCACCAUCCAAAGGCUGAGAAACCUCUUCGUCACAACUCGAGCAUUAGCCGAGUCACGCCGGCUAACGGCGAGAAACGACCUGAUCGGUGCGUACCACAUGCUCAUUUCAGCUCGUGCUCUAGUUCACCAAGCCAGCUUGGCUUCCACCAACGAGUUCAUGAUCUCUCUGGAAGCCGAGCUGAACGAGUUGCAACGGCGGCGUCAAUCUGAAGCUGAAACUCAAACCGGUAGAGGGAGGGUUGAGAUGGCGGCUUACAUGGAUGAGAAGGAGGAGCUGUUAACGCCAACAUCGGCUUGGCGAGUGGCUGAGAAACUUGCUAAAGUCGCAAUUAUGAGAAAGUCGUUAAACAGAGUCAGCGACUUACACGGCUUUGAGGACGCCAGAUUCUAAUAAGAAAUUUUACAUUUCAAGUCCUUUUUAGUUUGAAUGAUUACAUUUUACACCCUCGAAGAAUUAGAAAGUUGUGAAAAAUGGACGCAUUAAAUGAAGUGGUGGGACCUGAUAACGACAAAAGAUUGCCGACGGCUUGACCCUUUUAUUCAGUAGAAAGAAACAAGAGAUGGUAUGAAAAGGGAGGGGGCUCUAUAUGUCUUUUUGUUCCAAAAAAUAAAUUAAAAAAAUGGUGGUGAGAGGCAGAGGGGUAAAAAGGGAAAACCAUCAUGAUGAUGAUGAUUAAUAGUAUUUUUUGUUGUUUCUUUGUGUUAUUUUUUUUUUUUAAUUUAUUUUGUAUUUUAGGUACAAAUUUGUCUUUUCAAUUGUCAUCUUUUGGGUCAGAUGGAAUGUGUACAUGAAUCUAUAAAAAUGGACACUCACCUUUUUCUUGUGGGUUGUUCCUAAAUUCC